GUCGCCUUUAGUACUGACAAUGAACAAAUCACUUUUGCAGCGUUACAAAAUCUGUUACUCGUCUUGCAUUCUUUUCUUUACGCACAAUCGUUGACACCCGUCUCAUUAUUCUACUCUUGCUGAGAACGAUCUGUUGUUCAUCCAUGUCUGCGUCUGUCUCAUUCAGCUUCGUUCAAGGUACCAUUGUCAUGAUCAUCUUUUUCCUCAUGGUCAUGAUCACCAUCCUCGGCAUACUCUUGCUUGUCAUCGUGCGUAUCCGUCGCCACAACGAUUGCUACGCCUGCCACUCGUUCUCGAGAUUUCCCCGGAGCAAGGAGAGUACGGACGACGACUCAACUGUUUCUAUCUCCCCUUCCUCUCCGACGAUUGUUGGUCUCACCUCCACCAAGGGCUUUCCUAUCAUACAUAUGAUCGUCACCCCACCUACCCCAGCGCAGGUUCUCACACGGUCAGACAAGCUUGAUUCUUGCAACAAGGAUGAGGUGCACGAGUUGCCUUUCAACAGCCAUAGCGAUGACAUAGUAGUGUAUGGGUAUGCUAUAUGA